AUAAACUGAGAGAGUUAAUUCGGACCGGGAAUGGUGUUGUUUUGAAAUGUCAAAAUGUCAUUUUUGUAAACAUUGCACCAGCACUGUAAAAUCGUCUUUGUUUUAAUUAAAAGUGUGUAUAUCUUAACAAAAGCUAUUGAUCGAGAUAUUAUAAAAUUGUCCUAAAUUUUAUGGGUGUAGAACAGUUGACAGAAGCAGAAUUUAUAACACUAACCUACGGUCAACACUACCAUCCAAAUGACUAAAAAAAUCAAUAAUUUUAUAUUAAUUGCCUUUUGUACAGUUAGUUUUGUAUCAUGUGAAUUAUUCACUGUUUCGCUGAUUAGUUCAGCAGUAAUAGCAGGAGGAUGGUUCAAGUAUGAUCUCAUCAAGGACCAUACCAUUUGUCAUUUUACAGAAUGUUGCAAUGAAAAAUAUGUGCCAUAUGACUUGUCUAAAUUACAAAUGUCCUUGUCUCAAAAAAUUUUUGGACAACCACUUGUUGGGGAGUUGGUAAAUAUUCUCAAUGCACACAAAGAUGCUGUAAAUGCAAAUAGUAAGCAAAACCAAAAGGCUCUGGUGAUUAGCCUGCACGGAUGGUCUGGGGUGGGAAAGAACUAUGCCUCAGCAAUGAUAGCAGAAGCUCUCUACAAAAAUGGAAUGCAAAGCAAAUUUGUAAAAUUAUUUAUGGGAAAAAAAGACUUUGAUUGCACUGAUCUGGAGAAAAGUAAAAAGUAUUUAAUCACACAAGUUAAUGAAGUGGUAAAGAAAUGUCCCAAGUCACUCAUCAUAUUUGAUGAAAUACAUGACAUGUGCCCUUCUGUAUUAGAUGCAAUAAAGCCCAUGCUGGACCAUCACCAUGCUGUUGAUGGAGUUGACUACAGGGAUAGUAUUUUUAUAUUUAUAUCAAAUAUUGGAGGUCAUGAAAUUGCUACCAACUUAUUAGAACUCUAUGAGCAGGGAAUCAAAAGAAAUGAAGUAGAGUUUCAUAAUUUUGAAGCCAUCAUAAGGAGAACUGCUUUUCACCAAGGUGGCUUUGAAAAAGCUGCAGCAAUAGCGCACCAUUUGAUAGAUCACUACAUACCGUUCUUACCACUUGAGCAACAUCAUGUGGAGAUGUGUGCAUUGGCCGAAUUUAGAUCACAUGGAAUUUAUCAUCCCAGUGAAGAAAUGAUGGCAGAUGCACUUUCAGUAAUAACAUAUGGCCCAACUGAAGAUCAACCAAUUUUCGCCAACAAUGGGUGCAGACGGUUCGCUCGUCGAAUUCCUUAUGUUAUUAAAAAAUAUUCACAGAAAAGCAAAUCAAAUACUGAACUUUAGAACCAUAAGGCAAAAGGUGCUUAGCUGAAAAAGUGAUGCAGGUAGCUUUAAGUUAGCAGUCUAUUCAUAUUGUUGCGUUUUGAAGUUGUACCUGAUGUAUUGUGUAUGUCAUCUUAUUAAUAUAGUGUCCUAUAGGGCUUCUUUGUGAUAAUACUUUUAUUGCAAGGUUUUAUUGUUUAUGAAACAUUAACCUCGAUAAUGUUUUCUAAUAUUCUUUAAUUGAUUAGCCUCGGUUGGAAUUUAGCGAAAAUAACUAAAAGGAUUGUUAAAUUCAUAGCUACUGCUAUUGAUUUAUUCGACCAGAUAAUGGGUAUAUUCAUGGUCCUACUGAAUGGCUUUAUUUUCAAUAAUCGUGUAAUAUCGAUAAAUGAAUCGUUCAGUCGGCAUGCGAAACGUCUGAUAAGACCGUCGUGUGAAAAUGGUUUCCUGAAUGCGAGCAUGUUGUUUGGAAAUUACGAAAGUUAUACACAGACAGAUGCAGAAAAGCUGAUUUAAUUUAAAUUUAAUUUUAAUUGCUGUUACAUUCAAUUGAAAUUAUGUACCUACCUACUACGUCGUGUUGAACACGUUAUACAAAAUACACGUCAUCAUGUUUUAGAAAAAUGAGCUAAAAUUAAAAUUGUGUUAUACUUAGUGAAUGGUGUAAUAAAGUAACAAAUAAAAACGUGUAAAUACA